AUGGCUAGGUGUUUAACGUUGCAGCCUCCAUUAUCAAUGCUUGCUGUGCUUUGCAUGGCGCUGGUGCAAUCAGUAAGAGGGCAGAACAAUGGGUUUAACAACAGAAGAGAAAUGGUGCCUGCCAUGUUCAUAUUUGGUGACUCUCUCAUCGAUAAUGGCAACAACAACAACCUUCCUUCAUUUGCCAAGGCCAACUAUUUUCCUUACGGCAUCGACUUCAGUGCAGGCCCUACUGGUCGCUUCUCCAAUGGCUAUACCAUGGUUGAUGCAAUAGCUGAACUGCUUGGACUUCCGUUAAUUCCUCCCUACUCUCAAGCAUCAGGAAAUAAAGUGCUUCAUGGAGUUAACUAUGCUUCAGCAGCUGCUGGAAUCCUUGACAUCACCGGAAGAAACUUUGUGGGGCGCAUACCAUUCAAUGAGCAGAUAAGGAACUUCGAGAACACAUUGAAUCAAAUAACUGCAAAUCUUGGGGCAGAUGAAGCAGCAACAAGCAUUGGGAAAUGCAUAUUCUUUGUAGGAAUGGGAAGCAAUGACUACCUAAACAACUACCUUAUGCCUAAUUACCCCACUCGCAAUCAGUAUAACGCUCAGCAGUAUGCUGAUAUCUUGGCUCACACCUAUACUCAGCAGCUCACAAGGCUUUACAAUCUCGGAGCGAGGAAAUUUGCGGUUGCAGGGCUGGGCUUAAUGGGAUGUAUUCCCAGCAUUUUGGCUCAGAGUAUGAGCGGAAGCUGCUCAGAAGAAGUGAACUUGCUGGUCAACCCGUUUAAUGAAAAUGUGAAAGCCACUUUGAGGAAUUUGAAUGCCAAUCUUCCAGGUGCCACCUUCAUAUUUGUGGAUGUGGCCACCAUGUUCCAGGAAAUUCUUGCCAAUGCAAGAUCUUAUGGGUUUAGUGUAGUGAACAGAGGGUGCUGUGGGAUAGGGAGGAACAGAGGCCAAAUCACGUGCCUUCCAUUCCAAACGCCAUGUCCCAACAGAAGGCAGUACGUGUUUUGGGAUGCGUUCCAUCCAACAGAAGCAGUCAACAUUCUGAUGGCAACCAUGGCUUUCAAUGGCCACUCAUCCUUUGUCUAUCCUCUCAACCUCAACCAGCUUGCCCAACUCUAACUCACUUAUUCAUUUCUACCAGAUCACACAUCUAUUAUAUGGUGGCAGAGUCCCCCCACCCCCUCCUUUUUUUGCGUUAUUUGCUGUUAUUUCCUCACAAGUUA